GUAGUGGAAGGAAGUGUUCUUUCGCUUCGGCGCUUAAUUUUGUCGCGGAAAAAAUCAAUGGUAUUUUCAUAAACGACGAACGCUAAAACGAUCAGUUUAUUUUAUCGAAGAAAUCGUAAAGACCGUCAGGUGAUAAUUAAGUAGUGCAUUAACAUAUAUAUAUAUAUAUAUAUAAAUUGGUCAGUGAUAAACGAUUAGUGUCGAAUCGCUCGUGAUCGAUUCCUUGUGUAUAUUUUGUCAAGGUGUUUUCUACCGUUCUUUGAUCCGGAUAUUAUGCUACCGAUCGCGUGUGCUGCAAGAUCGUUUUGACUCGAGGGGCAGUCGACCAUAGAUCACCGACAAAAUGUUACCACAGACCCCUGACAUCAUUCCUACGACUUUAAAUCAGCAAAAAUGUGUGAAAGCGCGGGCUCUGUACGACAAUAUAGCGGAAGCUCCGGACGAGCUUGCUUUCCGAAAGGGCGACGUUCUUACGGUGCUGGAACAAAACACCGCUGGCCUCGAGGGUUGGUGGCUGUGCGCUCUGCGGGGUAGACAGGGCAUCUGUCCAGGAAAUCGAUUGAGACUUCUGGUCGGCCAAUAUGAUACAGGGGGUUGUUUGGUUGGCAGCAGGCCUGACCUAACCAUUUCCGAAGACGGCAUACAGAGGCAUGGAAAACGGCGUAGCUGGCACGUUCAACCGAACAGGGUGGUGACGCCACAGAAAUGCGGCGACGUGUACCUUUACGAUCUUCCAGCGAGCCGAGGAAGUCCUGCUCCACCCUCCAGGCACGAUUCACCCUUGAACUCGAAUAACGAGCAUUUACACAACUCAGGCCGAUACACGACGAGCAGCAGGAAUUCCGUGGACAACGGUGGCGACGUGAGCGAUUGUUACGACGUGCCACCACGAGCCAUCCCCGUGAUUCCAUCGCCUGCGAGCAGUCCGAGCCCUGCACCUUCGUGCUACGACAUCCCAAGGCCGCCUACCUCCUGCACGCCGAUCUCGAACUGCUCAGGAGGAUCGGGCGUGACGCCUCUCGAUUGCUACGACGUGCCCAGGCCUCUGCAACCCCUCACCCCAAGCAGCUCGGCGUCCAGUCUCACCAACGAUGGAUCCCUCAGCGGAUCGAAUCGAUCCAGCUUGGCUGCUCCGGAUUACGAUGUACCUAGAUCGCGUCUUCCAGCAUCCUCGUUACCGUCCCGGCACAAUACGCCCGUGCCCAAAACACCUACACCUCCGCCCCCGCCGCAAACCCAGCAGAUCUACGACGUUCCAGUCAGCAAGGAGCUUCCUCUGGAGCUGGACUCCGCUUUGGAAGGUCUACAAAGGCUGCAGAGCGAGGCGUCCGCCGCGAUAGCGAGGCUAUUAGGAUUCGUCAGCCCCGUAUGGAGAACGCCUCAGCGAUUAGACGCCACGUUGAUGGAUCUUAGGCUCGCCGCCCUCAGACUCAGAACGUCUUUGCACGAUCUGGCUGAAUUUGCCGAAGGCACACUUGGGAAUGCGGGGAAAGCGCCGGACAAGGGAUUGGCCACGAAACUGCGGCCCCUGGUCAAGGCUCUCCGCGACUCCGACAAGCUCGUGCAGGAAGCGGCCACCGAGCUCGACGCGAUGGAAUGGGACGCGAGCAAGCUGUGUCGCGGGGGUGGCGAUGCCCCGACGCCGACUAACGGCCCACCUUCCACCAUUUUGCCACCGGCGCAACCGGAUCCGCUCGAUCAGCUGAUCGCGUGCGCCCGGGCGCUCACGGAAGACGUUCGUCAGGUCGCCAGUUUCAUUCAGGGUAAUUCGACGCUUCUCUUCAAACGGUCGUCGAUCAUCUCUACCGGGAGCAGUAACAAUAGCGGGGCAGGGGAGGAUUACGAUUACGUGAAUCUGGACUCGAGAGAGGUGGUGGCGAAGCAACGCGAGGAGGUGAGGGCGUCCCUGCCCCAGGAGCUUCGCAGCAAUUACGAUCUGCUGGUAUCCGAAUCGGACAAUGCCACGAUUCAAAUGCCACCCACGACACCGACACCCAUGGACCCAAACGACAAACAAUUGUUGGCCUUCUACGCCGCCCAGGUGAUCACGCAUGGCAAUCACCUGACUCACGCGAUUGACGCCUUCAUGCAGACGGUCGAGCACAACCAGCCACCAAAGGUAUUCCUAGCGCAUGGAAAGUUCGUGGUGCUGAGCGCUCAUAGAUUGGUGCACAUCGGUGACACGGUGCACAGAAACGUUAUUAGGAACGACGUGAAAACACGCGUGCUAGAAUGCGCAAACGCGUUGAACGAAGCGUUGAAACAGACGGUGUCGAAGACGAAACAGGCAGCCCAAUUCUUUCCAAGCGUAUCCGCCGUUCAAGAAAUGGUCGACAGUGUUGUGGACGUCUCCCACUUGGCCAAGGAUUUGAAGGUCGCGAUAAUUAACGGGGCGCAACAACCUUGAGCAUCCAAAGAUCAGGUCCUAAUCUCUGACAUAAACGAGGGGAAAGGAAAGAAAGAGGAACAAAUUUGGAUAUAUGCGAGCUGAAAAAGGAUUUGUCGUUUUUAUUUUGGAAAAGAAGCUACGUUGAAUUCACGACACCUCUAACAAGUUCCUUGGAUUGACUGACAAUCCUAAUGAUCAAACAGUUACUAUUCAUUAGGAACGUAUACGAACUGUAGUAGGAAUGAUAAAAAAAAAAAAAAAAAGGAAUAAAAAAUUUAUGUCAUAGAUUAUGUAUUCAUUACCGAUUUGGUAGAGAAGAACAACUCAUCCGUUAGGAUAUCGCGAUGCUUAAUCAUCCAAUCAAAAAGAGAGAUAGAAUCGUGAAGAAAUAACGAAGAAUGAAGUGACUAAAUGACGGUAAAAAUUACAAUUCAAAAAUUGAUAGAUUUUCUUGAAUAAAUAUGAUGAAUGUAGAUUAAAAAAAUCCAAAAUCUAUUUUGGUUUGGAUGAUUACAAAGUAGAUCUGUGAGAGUAGAAAUAUGAAUUAUUGAUUGUUAAAUCAACUGGACCAGGAAAGAAAACGCCAAUUUGCUUUUUCGCUCGACUAGAAAUUACAUUCUUCCCUCUUGUUUGCAAUAAAGAGUUCUCGAGGCCUAUCGUUACUUAGAUGUACGCAACUGCCAAAGCCACAGGUAUAUAGAACGUAAGGGAAAGCUCCUUUAAAAUGAGCGUAUGUUUCUAAUGUACUCGAGAAUAUAGAGAUCGUAGACUUUUCUAGAAAACCAUGUAAUCGUGUCGUACAUUAGCUAGAGGUGUGGAAUUAAUUAAACGACGUAAAAGAUCGAUAGUAUGUGUAGAAUGCGUUCGAAAUGAUUCUCGAAACGUGUAUUGUUUGCUUGAAAACGAGAUUUAUUUCGAACUUGAUACGCAGUUGUCGUUGCCAGCGUGUUAAUUAUUGUUCUAGGUGUGUAUCAUGUGACGAAAACUUAAAAAUAAGCAAAAUAUGAAACAUUUUCAUUUGCAAGUAUGUUUACGAUAUAUUAUACUGCAACGAAAAUAUUGAUUAAUUUUAAUAAGAUUAUAUAAAAUAAAAAAGAAAACGCAAUAGCCUAAUGUUUCUUGCAAAAUGAACUGCACAAGGGAUUUUUUUAUAUAUAAGAAUACUUCGUAACAGCAACGUUUAUGGCAUUAACCUUUGUACCGAAAAAUUCGAAUGCAAAAACGCUGUCUUUUUAGAGGCCAAUUUUAAACGAAUUUUAUACAAUUUUACCGCCAUGGCGCGACUUUUUUGCGUCAUAUCUUUUUAUGGGCCUUUCGAUGUAUUUGAUCAAUCGCAAACGCACAGUAAAGAGACUGCAAAAAAAAAGCAUCAGAUUUGUAAACCGUUUACAAUCAUUCCAAUAAUUUAAUUCGAUUAAAAGACGUGUUCCCUUUACAGGAGCGAUACGAAAAUAAUAACUUGGAAACAAUACGAAACGAAUACGCCUUAUAUACGAUAAAUUUAUCGAUUAUCGUUGGCUAACGAUUAUAAAACUCCUACCGAUUAUAAAACUUUCAUUGCGAUCGCAACGUUUCCUUAUCGUAGAGGUUAGUUUUAGAUUAUUUUGACGUACGCUUUAAAACUUUUAUAAUCGGCAGGAUUGCGAUUUUUAUUAAAAGAAAAUACAUAUUUAAAAAACUAAGAAUUUUUUUUUAAAUUUAAUAAUUUACACAAACAAAUUGUAUUCUUCGAUUAUCCAUAAAAUUACAAUCUUACGUUUUAUGAAAGGUAAUCGACAACCGCAAAUUUAUAACACAGCUUUAAGAUCCAUCAUUUAAAGUAUUUACUUUAUUAUCUUUCAAAAUGCAAUUUUUUUUUGUGUCUUCUUUUUUAGAGGAAAAGAAAAAAAGAAGUCGUUAAAGUAAGGUAUCAAAAUGUUAAGAAAUAAGUUAAGACGAUCAUUCAACAUUUAAAGAGUAUUUACCACGAUAUAGCUUAUAGUUUAUUUUUUAAAGAUUAUAUAAUUGAAGCAUAUCUUGUAAAGUUCAUUUACAAGAAUUGUAUAAUUUAUUGGCGGAGCGUUUUUGUAAGAUAAAAUGCAAUUUUCAAAUUAUUAUACUUUACUGUAUAUUUAGAAUUUAUAUAUAGGUGAUAUCAAUAGGUGCUUAUCACAUUCUCAUUGAAAAUCAUAUUCCAAUUAAUUGCGACGUGCUAUUAGGUGGAAUGAUUUUUUUUUUUCUUUUUUAUAUCAAGAAAAAAAAGAAAAUGUGAAAUGCAUGAAUUAUAUAUAUUGCCUUUGUACUAUCAUAUCAUUUCGUUUGAUCGCACAUCGUACCUGGAAUUUUGUUAUAUUGAAAUAAUUUUACAAUCGGAGAAUGUUUUUAAAAUUCUGAAAAUUUAUAAAUGAAGUUUUUUAUCAGUAAGAAUUCCCAAUUAGAAUUUAAAUAUUGAUGGUUCGUUAAUUCUAAUUGAUUUACAUUGAAAACUUACAUAAAUUGCAUAAUAAACUAUUAGAAAUUUUUAUCAGGUACAUUGAUUACGAAAUUAAAAAAUUAAUCAAUCUAUGACUUUCAAAUUAGUCCUUUGAACUUGAAAAUAGUUUGUUACUUCAAGGACAUUUAAUAUGUACAUAAGUAUAUUUAUAUACAUAUAUAUGUAUAUUAUAAUUAUUCCUAUUACGAUGUAUACACAAAUACAGUAAUCAACGCAGCAGUGACGAAAGAAAUGAAAUAUUUAAAAAUUUUUGUGCAAUUAUAAAACUUUAAUUUUUAAGUAUUUGAUCAUACUCAAGAGGAUACAUAAAGUAUUUACAGAUAGAAAAAAUGAUUAGAAUCAUAAUUUUAAUAAUACAAAUACAUUUUAAAUAAUACAAAUACAAAGACCAGAUAAUGAAUGAAUAUUGAAAAAGAAAAUUUUUCUUUAAAAAGUUAUAUCAUCUUGCAUUUGAUUUGCUUAGUGAAAUCUGGGUGAUAAUUUUGUAUACUGACGCGUUACUUGUAUAUUAUAGUUUCAAAAUGAUUCAAUAAAGAUUAAUUGAAUACAGGUAGAAAAUGAUAAACCUUUCAUCAUCUCUGCUCAUCAUCUUUAUUAUUAUAUUAAGAUUCAUAGGUCUUAAAUAACAUAGUAUAUCAAUUAACUACACGCAAUGUUACAUUUAUUAGAAACUUUUUAACUCAAUUUGCAUUGAAGUACAUACAUUAUUUAGAAGUCUCUCUCCUAUUCCCUGUAUAAUUAUUAACAAGUACACCUUCUUGUAAUAACAUAUAAAACAUUUCAUAUGUCUUAGGUAAGGCUUGAAUGAACACAAAUAUCCUAAGUGUUUGCAAAAUUUUAAGUGAUAAUAUGUAUAUUAAAUAUUCAAGCCAUGAUGCUUGACUUAUCAAUAUUUCAUAUUUUUCGUGAAAAUUCAUUUAUGAAAAAUACAUAUUGUAUGAUUAAAUUCAGUAUGGAAUUAAUGAUGCAAAAAAUCAUCAACAACCUAAUAAUUAUAGAUGAAUAUCUCAAUCU